AGGAGCUGAAGAUGGAGACCAGGGAGGACACAUCACCACAGCAGAACCUCAUGGAAGAGCUCAGUGAUGAGGAGAAGCCCCACAAGUGCUUGGAGUGUGGGAAGAGCUUCAGCUGGAGGUCCCGCCUGAUCCGCCACCAGAUGAUCCACACUGGGGAGAGGCCCUACGAGUGUCCUGAGUGUGGGAAGGGCUUCAGAGACAGCCCCCAGCUUACCAUCCACCAUCGCAUCCACACUGGGGAACGGCCCUUUGAGUGUUGGGAAUGUGGCCAGAACUUCAGCCGGAGCUCCCACCUGACCUCCCACCAGAAGAUCCACACAGGGGAGAGGCCCUACGAGUGUUCCGAGUGUGGGAAGUCAUUUCAGACCAGCUCCCUUCUCCUCAUACACCUGCGGAUUCACACAGAGGAGAGGCCCUUCCGCUGCCCUGACUGCAGGAAGGGCUUCAAGCACAGCUCCCACCUCAUCAGGCACAGGCGCAUCCACACUGGGGAGAGGCCCUACGAGUGCCCUGAGUGUGGGAAGAGGUUCAGGACUAGCUCAGUCUUGAAUCAACACCAAUGGAGACAUCGGUAAGGGAAGCCCUGCGAGUGCCCUGACUGCAGGAAGAGCUUCGUGCACUGCUCCAACUUCCUUCCCCAUCAGAGGACCCUCGUUGCAGAGAGCCCUGGUGACCCACAUUCCCAGUAAUCCAAGUUGGGAAGACACCUGGCUGGUGGUCUCUACAUCAUCCUGGAUCCCUGUGGGCCCCUGACUGAACGCUGGGGCAGGAACAUCCAUUGAGACUCAAACUGAUAAUGGAAAUUCCUUGGGAAGAGCUGAUUUUUUACCUUGUCUUGGUUUGAAAGACAGGUGUCUGCUAAGGAAGGCAGGAGCCCUCCUUGGAAUGGAAAAUGUAAACCCCCUCCCUCUGAAUUAGAAUAAUGAAAUCAAGGGGCUCUCAGGCAAAGAUAUGUGAAUAGGAAUAACAGUUCUUUACUAGUGUGUAUAAUAAAGCAAACAACAACAACAACUAUGGCAUUAACAGAGGUUUUGCUGCACAAACCCACAGGGGCCCCUGAUCCUGGUGCCCCAGCAGGGCUCAGGGAGCUGCAAGCUGAGUUGGCAAGAUCCGUCAGCAGGCAGGGGGUGUGGGGUGUGAAAACCACGUUCAGUCUCCUGUGAAAAUUUUAAAAGUAUAAUAAAGGACAAUAGGAGACGAGGUUAUUAGGGCCAGGUGCAUCUUGGGGGAUACCCCUUAAAUACCUUUUCCCUUACAUCAGCCCUUUGCAUAUUCAUAGACCCUUAUGCAUAGUAACCUUUUCCCCGAAUGCAUAGUAAACUUCUCCCCAAAUUAGUUUACAUGUUCCAAGAACUGUUUAGUAUAUCUCCUCCUUGGAUCUGCCUUUUUAGUGCAUGAACAUUCCGUCAUUGUGGUUUUAGUCCUUUUUUAUCAUCAUCUUCAGUUUUUGGACCUUGGCCCACCCUGCUGGAGUAUGUGGGUGCUGAUAGUUGGCAUAUCGGUACAGGUGUCCUCAUCCUGUGUUCAUUAUGUUAGGAAAAUUAAUCCACAAACAUCAGAGGUUUAUGUCCAAAAAGGAGGCAGAGGAGUCCAUUUACUUUGUUUGAAUAAAGGGAGAGGCCAUGGGGCAUUCCCCUGGGGUCUCUCCAGUUUUUGGAGGACACAGCUUCCCUUUUUAUCCUAAUUUCUCUUCUCUCUUUCCUCAUUGUCUGAGGUAUUUGAGAAGUACAGACUUCCUGAAACACCUGAUACCAAAGAUUUCCCUGUAAUUCCCUUUUAAUUUUUAAUUCUUAUGGAAUGUAGGGUUUUCCCCCAUUGUUGCUUUCAUCUUUCAAUGUCCAAUUUCAUUUACCAGCAAACCUACAGUUUAUUUGUAAAAGCAAAAUAUGUUUUUUUCAUUCAUCAAUCAGUAGAAUCCUUCCCAUUGUUUCUUUUAUUUCUCAGUGCUGGUUUUAUCUACCAGCAGACCCACAGCUUGUUUUUAAAGACAAAUCUGUCAUUCCUCUCUUACUGUCUUGCAACGAAGAACCUGUGACCAUCUUAGACCAUGGCCUAAGACUAUUUAUAAGACUAUGCUUGCUGUCUUAUAAAUCUCAUGG